AUUUUCAUAUCUUGGUUAGGCCUAUAUAUAUGUAAUGUUUUCAUUUCAAUAUAAUUAGAAAAAAUAUUCCCAAUUCUAUCAAAAUAUAUAAAAUACUAAAAACAGGUUCUUCGAUCCACCAAACCAUCAAAGUUUUGAAAAAAUGCAAGCAAGCUACAGCACUGUGGUUUUCAACACUAAAUUCAAUGAUGUGAGUGUGGGAUCAUACCAAACAUUCAUGCAAUCUCUACGAAGAGAAUUGUCUAGUGGAAUCACGAGCUAUGACAUACCCUUAUUGCGUAAAAAAUCAGAAGCAAUCAAAGACAAACAGUUCGUUUAUGUGAGACUUGAAAACCAAAGUUUCAAAAUCACAUUUGCAGUAUCCACUCUCAACUGCUAUAUGAUUGCCUAUCAAGUAGACGCCGAAAAGCGUUGCUACUUCUUUAAAGAAGCUCCUCCCGAAGCGAAAACUUUACUUUUCAAAGAAAGUACUCGAAGAGUCAAUGUUAAUCUCAGUACAAAUUAUAAUAAUUUAGGAAACAGAGAGAAUUAUAAUUUAGGAUUUAAGUCGUUAGACAAUUCCCUCGAAGCAUUUAAAAGAUUUGAUAGCGAGAAUCCUACGAAUGAGCUUCGUCGAAUUCUUAUUGUUGUUAGCCAAAUGGUUGCAGAGGCUGCGAGAUCUAAAUAUAUUCAGCAAAAAAUAGAAUGGAAAGGCUUUGACUCCGGUUUUUUCCCUAAAGGUGAUAUUUUAAGCUAUGAGAAUAAAUGGGAAGAUCUUUCGAAAGCAAUCCAGAAUUCUAAAGAUGGAAGUUUUCCUAAAAUACAAUUACAAAAUGAAGAUUAUAGUGCUCGUUAUGUGUCCAAAGUUGCAGAAGUGAAAAAUGACAUGGCACUCUUGUUGAAUAUUGCAGCAUAAAGCUUUGUCUAAUAUUUAACUUAAGAUUAUUGUCACCAAAAAAUAAAUGACAUCAAUCUUUGAUGUCAUAUGGUAUUUGAGUUUGUGUGGUAAUUUCAAUAAUAUAAUGUUUAUGUUUAUCAUCUUUCUAUGGUGUGAUAUUUGUAAGGGAAAAUUUCAAUUUGGUUCAAUAUAUGUACUUUGUUAAAUAAUAAUUUAAAGUUUAUA